AUGCCUAAGAAAGAGAAAUGGGGGCUGUCGAAAAUGUUUACACCACCAACUUCUUCUGCUUCUGACUUGUGGUGUAGAGAAAAAGGAUUCGUUCUGGAUUGUAUCGCAGUGGACAGUUUAGCAAAAAGGGCCAACAAUUUCUUGCCAAAUCCGAAUAGCAUCAUUCCUCCUUAUAAUGCUCGGAAGGACCAACACCUAGUUGACUACUUUGCAGGGAAGGCUUCAUCUCAGCCUCAUCAGGGAACAGAUUCAUGGUCCAAAGGGGUAGUGGCUCAAGAGGAGGAAGUGAAAGAGGGGAAAGAAAAAAUGGCACCAAUGGCUCAACAAUAUCUGAUGAGGAGGAACAGAGCAGGUGCAGGUCAUUCUACGGAAGAGAUACAAGGACACAGCUUUCUUUUUUCAUCUCUCAAACCAGUCCUUGGAUACAAUGGUCCCUAUGGAUACAGAAGGAACCGCCCAAAUUUACGCAAGACACCUGCUACUUUUGGGAUAUUAACUCACCUGCCAAUUCAUUAG